AUGGCUAAAACAACACCAAAAGCCACGUAUUGGCAAGGAUCCGGAGAAAAAGUAUCCCUCAUGUACUGUUGGUGGGAAUGCAAACUGCUGCACCAGUCAGUGUGGAAGACGCCUGAGGAGGAUAUCACGAAGGUAAUGGCGGACAUGCAGAAGGGCCAGAGAGGGGAGAAGCACUGGCUGACUUUGGGUGACACUUCCCUUCCUUUCUUCAGUGAUGGACCCCCAGGAGGAAGAGCAAUGGAGGAGGGGGGUGCAGCAGAGAGAUCUCGAGGCUAGGAGAGGUGGGGCAGGGGCUCCAGUCCCCACAGGGGUGAUCCUCUGAUCCUGCUGGGUCUCAAUGAAAGAUUAACCAGAUAUUUCAGUAUCCAAAUGAGAACAACCAGAGUUUCUUAUUAUGAAGGCUCCCUGCAAAAGGGCACCAAGUCCUGCACUGGGGGCACCCUCCAGCCCAGCCACCCUGUGUCACCUGCGAGACCACUGGAAGAGGUCUCAGAGGAUGCUCAGCCCCCACAGCUGGGACGAGAGAGAUCCCAGGCACAUAACUGCAGGCAGCAGCAAGAGGAUCCCAGAGUGCUGACCAAGGAGGAGCCUGUUCCAGAAUUGCUGGAGCCUGGGGCCCCCGAAGCUUAUCCUGUCUUUGAGCUAGUGUCCCUUGUCCUUAAGACAGCCCAGGUCGAUACAGAGGACUGCUAUAAUUUACAACUAAUUAAUGGUAGGAAAGACACUAGUUCCUCCAAAAAUGCCAUACCACAGAUGACCGUGGAUAGGCAACGGUAUAUUGUUCUCCAUAAAAAUGAAAGGCGGUAUAUUUUCCAGAGUUUCAGUAUGGCACACGUCUUAAAACAACCUCUUGGAAAUGCUGUGAACUGCAAAGCUAGGCAGAUCCGAUACAUUCUAAAAUAUAAAGGAGAAAGAAAUGCACCAAGAGUAAAAAUUCCUGGUUACUCACGAUUCUUUUCACCUCUCCACCUUGACCCAGCUUUCAUUCUGCCCGAGACACCCACAGGAGAAGUUAUUUCUGCCAGCGAGAGCAGCAGCAUCAGUAACAGCACAGCCAUGCCAGGUAAAAAUAACCUCUAUGGAGAGUCCUGUCACAGACGAACCUGA